AUUAACUGGUGGUAGUGGUGGCUUGCUUUCGAGCCGAGCAAUAGACACAAUCCUUAAUUACAUUUCCGUUCCGGUUCCCGAAGCGGGCUGGAUUGGGGCUUGGCUACUCGGAACGUCCCGGGUGUCACUCACCUCACUUGGAAGUACGGAGUAGCAUCGGGUUUCUGUUGCUCGGGAAUUAGUUUCGGAGGGGUCUGCUCGAUUAGGGGUGUUAUACGACUUUCGUUUAUGCUGCAUAUACUAGUGGAUUUGGAAUUGGUUUGUCAUGCAAUAGCAUGUUAUGGAUGAUGCACCUCGGUUCGGGGUCAGGAUUGUGAGCUCGGGCUGGGGGUGUUUGACAUCUACCGAGUCCGGGAAAAUGUAGUGCAGGGGGAGGGGGGGAUUCAGUUUGAUGCUUGUGGAGGGGUGUGGUGGGGUUACUGUGGAUUGGUUCUUUAAGAGUAUGUAGUGGUUUGUUUGGUGUGCUUGUGCGCGGUGAUGGUACCUGAUUGUGGGUUGUUUUUGUUGGAAUGGUUGACUUUCAUGGAGGGGUUGUAUGUGUGUGUGUAUGUGUGGUAUGACGCCUCUUUCUUGGGGUUCGUUUUGUGGGGGCGAGUUGGUUCAGAAUGUGGUUUGCCAUUUUAUAAUGGAAAUGCAAGCAAGAGUUAGGGACAGUUGUUUCAUUAUACUAUUGCAGGUGCUUACUUGGUAUAUUGGGGUUGUGAUAGACAUUAAAAAUUAGAAGGAGG